UUGCGCAGGCGCUGGAGACAGCUCCUGGGGACGCGCGCCAAUCCUGCUUGUAUUAUGGCUCUCCGGCCGCAGAGGACUUUCAGGCGGCGCCAGGUCGAGUCCAGCGACAGCGACAGCGACGGCGCGGAGGAGCGGCCUGCUGAGGUGCGGGCGGAUGCAGGCCGGCCGUCUGCAGGCGGCAGGGCAGAGGGAGCGGAGCCGCCGCGCAGGGCCCGUGGCACCCGGGGCCGAGGCCGGGUGUGGGCGAGUUCCCGGCGCAGCCCCGGAACUGCUUCCCGCAGCGACUGCGGUGCAGAUGUCCUCCGAGAAUCCGGAACAGUUGAUCUCUCAGAGGAUGAAAAGGAAGAAGCACAUCCGUCGUCGGAAAGUAAGGAUGGUCAGAGUCCAGCCUCCAAUAGCUCUAGUUCCCUGGAAGAAAAAGAAGUUUCACCCAUAGUUAAGAUCCCUGAUGCAGCUUUUAUCCAGGAAGCCCGCAGAAAACGUGAGUUGGCCAGGACCCCGGGUGACUACAUUUCACUGGAUGUAAACCAUCCCUCCACCGCUUGUGACAGUAAGAGAAGCAAUGAAGAGGACCCAGUGAGUGACCCUGAUGACUGUGAAAAGAGAAUACUGUUUGCCCCAAAGCCUCAAACACUCAGACAAAGAAUGGCUGAAGAAACAUCAAUCAGAAGUGAAGAAGCAAGCGAAGAGAGUCAGGAAGAUGAAAAUCAAGACAUCUGGGAACAACAGCAAAUGAGGAAAGCAGUCAGGAUCAUAGAGGGCCAAAACAUAGACCUUUCCCACAAGAGUGACUCUCAAACAUUGAAGAAGUUUGAUACUUCCAUUUCAUUUCCACCAGUAAAUUUGGAAAUUAUAAAGAAACAAUUAAAUAAUAGAUUAGCAUUACUACAAGAUACUCAUCGCUCGCACCAGAGAGAAUAUGAAAAAUAUGUAGAAGACAUCAAGAGUUCAAAGACUGCAAUCCAGAACCUGGAGAACGCAUCGGAUCAAACUCUAAACUACAAAUUCUUCAAAGGCAUGAAAAUUUAUGUAGAAAAUAUAAUCGAUUGUCUAAAUGAAAAGAUUGUCAGCAUUGAGGAACUAGAGUCAUCUACGUACACAUUGCUUUUUAAACGAGCAGAAGCACUUUUGAAACGCAGGCAAGAUGAAUUAAAAUGUGAAUCAUCCUAUUUGCAACAGUUAUCACGUAAAGCUGAGACAUCAGCAAAUGGAAACUUGGCUCUAGAUGAAAAGGAUCAACGGAUUUUAGAAGAGAUUGAAGCUCGAAGGAUGCAGAGAAGACAAGCAAGGGUGCUCUCUGGCAACUGUGACCAUCAGGAGGGGACUUCUAGUGAUGAUGAGCUGUCUCCUGCCCAGAUGACCAACUUCCAGAAACGCCAAGGUGACAUUUUACAAGAUUGUAAGAGAGUUUUUGAAGAUGUGCAUGAUGAUUUUUGUAACGUCCAGAAUAUUUUAUUGAAAUUUCAGCAGUGGCGAGAAAAGUUUCCUGAUUCCUACUACGAAGCCUUCGUUGGUUUCUGCUUACCAAAGCUUUUAAGUCCCCUGAUACGAGUACAGUUGCUUGAUUGGAAUCCUCUGAAGUUGGACUCCAUGGCUCUAAACCAGAUGCCCUGGUUCACAUCCAUAACAGAGUUUAUGGAUGGCAGCACGGAAGAUACAAGGAAGGACGAUGAUUCUGAUAAAAAAAUUUUGUCCGCUGUCAUCAACAAGACAGUUGUUCCUCGCCUUACAGAUUUUAUAGAGUUCAUUUGGGAUCCCCUGUCAACCUCACAGACAAGAAGUUUAACAGUGCACUGCAGACUGCUUUUUGAACAGUCGGCUUCUGAAAAUGAAGUUAGUAAAAGCAAACAGGAUUUACUUAAAUCUGUUGUUGGAAGAAUUAAGAAGUCAAUAGAAGAUGAUGUUUUUAUUCCUCUAUAUCCAAAGAGUUCUGAAGAAGGAAAAAUGUCACCACAUUCAAAGUUCCAAGAAAGACAGUUCUGGGGAGCUCUAAAGCUCUUCCGCAAUAUUCUUCUUUGGAAUGGGCUUCUCCCAGAUGAUACCUUGCAAGAUCUAGGACUGGGGAAGCUGCUGAAUCGCUAUCUUAUUAUUGCUCUUAGUAAUGCCAUUCCUGGACCAGAUGCUGUUAAAAAGUGCAGCCAGAUAGCAGCUUGUCUACCAGAAGAAUGGUUUGAGGACUCUGCUAUGAGGACAUCCAUUCCCCAGCUAGAAAACUUCAUUCAGUUUUUACUGCAGUCUGCACAUAAAUUGUCCACAGGUGAAUUCAGGAAUGAAGUCAAUGAAAUAAUUCUUAUCCUGGUGAAGGUAAAAGCUUUGAAUCAAGCUGAGUCCCUCAGAGAGAAGCAUCACCUGGAGCCCCCCCCACCCCCAGUUUCAGGUGUUUGAGUGCACUGUGGGAGAUGUUGAGUGGUUGAUAAAAGUACUCAGUUCCUUUGCUUGUGUGCAGCUGGUGCCUCUUCCCUUCCUCUGCCCACCUUUGGUGUCCUGAAAAGCUGUCCCUCUGGAGCUAUGGGACUGAGGGUGUUACGUUCACAGCAGCAGCUAUUCUUGCUCAAUCUGGGAAGGGACUGAAGAAAUCCGGAUACACAGAAGCAUGUCCGGUCAAACCCAGAUUUGGCUCUUUAAAAUUCCCACUACUUACAGAUCAGCUAAUGAGAAAAUCUUGGAGUGAACUGCUUAGUUAUGAAAUGAUUAGCACAUUUUUAUAACAAAUUGUUCUUCCAAAAUCUGUACUGGUUGAUUACAUAAGCUCAGUGAAAGAGUGCCGGUGAGUCUCCAGUUUUGUAAUUCUUUGUUAAUUUAUUAAGAAAAAAAUCUUUUUAAAAAAGAUUUCUGUAUGUGUGGUCAUUUAUAAACCUGGAUAAUUUUAUGUACACCACUAAACUUGCAGAGACCACCAAAGGCCAGAGGGAUCAGAUUCCCUGGAAUCAGACUUCAGGAGGUUGUGGGCCACCUGACGUAGAUGCUGGGAACCAAACCCAGGUCCUCCGGAAGAGAUUUAACCACUCCAGCUCCUGUUGAAGAAUAAAGAUGUGUUGAUUUGGGCCAUUUGUAGUUCUUUUUCAACUCCCCAACUUUUUCUAGAGGCUUAUAGUACUUCCAUGAUAAAAAAAAUAAUAAUAUUGACCUUUUGCCUGUCCUCUGGCAAAUAGUUUAUCAGAAAACUUAAAUUUUCUUUGAAUUUUGUGUAAGAUUUUUUUAUAAUGAAGUCAUCACUUGGUAGCAAGUUAGGCUUUUUUGUUGUAUUAUGUUAUGUAUCAUUCAUGAUAGGAUUAUAAGAAGGCCACUGUUAUUUUAAGUAUGGAAAUGUAAAGUAUUUGAUUAAGGACAGUUGAGGCAAGGUAGUUAAGAAAUUAGAGAUUUUUUUCAAAAUGAUUAUAUUAAUAUUCUUUUUUUUGUUUUUUGUUUAUUGUUUUUUGUUUUUUCAAGACAGGGUUUCUCUGUAUUGUUUUGGAGGCUGUCCUGGAACUAGCUCUUGUAGACCAGGCUGGCCUCGAACUCACAGAGAUCCGCCUGCCUCUGCCUCCCGAGUGCUGGGAUUAAAGGCGUGCGCCACAAAAACCCGGCUAUAUUAAUGUUCUUAAGAAUGUUAUGCAACUCAAUGAUGAGCCUAUGUAUAUAUUUUGCAAGUUACUAACUAGAAAAUGUUCGUUAUAGUGUAAGAUGUGACUUUGUGGCCUGCGUUUACAUACUGGAAGCCCUAUUUUCAAGACAGCAUGUAAUGUGAACAGCUGACAUGCUGUUAUCACUGUAACAGCGAAGGCUGUGGUUCUCUAGGAAGACUGUUACACACUGUACACAACAGAAUCCCACAUAGAAAGAUCAAACCCUGCGGAAUCCUCAGAGAGGUCAUGUUAGUGUUGUCAUUUUAGACAGUUGCUCAUUACAAAAGCGUGUGUGUGUGGGUGGGUGUGGGUAUAGAAAGUUUUGGUUUUGUAUGUAAAUGGCAGACUUUAUUACAUAUGAAUUUUCUAAUUUUUUUACUGUUAAAGUACACUUUUGGAAGCUGUUCUCUGGCUUUGGAUUUCUCUCAUUAAACUGGGUGGACAUCUUAAA